AUGGGGACCAAAAUUCUGUUAUUUGUGGUGCUUUGUCUCCUGCUUAACUUUGUUAAAGUUUUUUGUGCACCGCCAACGUUUGAGAGCGAUUUUUCGAAGUUUACAAUUAGUGAAGAUCAACCAAUAGGGUCAUCAGUGUUUCAGUUAAAAGCUGUUGAUAGAGUAGGUGGAACCAAAGUAACAUAUGGAAUUGUAGCUGAUAUGUUUGCUGUAAACCAAAAUAAUGGUGAUGUUUCACUUACACGUACAGUAGACUAUGAUGUUGGGGAGAAAAAUUUAGAUAUUCGAGUUACUGCUCAAGAUGCCAAUGGAUUAGAAUCAGCAGUUGAUAUAACAGUGGUAGUAUUUGAUGCCAAUGACAAUCCUGCCAAGUUUACCAAGACAACUUAUAAAGCUAGAAUUUCAGAGGAUACACCUAUUGGUACUGUGAUUUUUGAUAACCUCUCAGUACGAGAUGUAGAUUAUACAAGAAAUGGAGGUAUUCAAGUAACAUGUGAUGACUCACGUGUGGAUAUUGUUUACAAAGAUUCCUGUAAUAUAUUUAAUCUUAAUCGUGGUGCCUAUUCCACUCGAACAUGGACUGGUAAUAUUACAUUAAAUAGACCUCUAGAUUAUGAAUCAAGACCUACUCUACAGUUAUCAUUAAAAACAUUUGAUGGCUCAAAUAAUUAUGUACAGAGUUUAGAAGUUGAGAUUUUAGAUGUAAAUGAUGCUCCACCUUAUUUUAUCAAACAAGUAGAAGCAACUGUUAAUGAGUCUAUUCCUAUAAAUUCUUCAGUCAAUAAUGUAGUUGCUGUUGAUGGAGAUAAAACUAAUCGUAGAGAUAUACGAUACACUAUGAAUGGUUGUAAUGAAGGUGGCUAUUUUGAAGUGGAUUAUAAAACUGGAUAUAUAAGAAAUAUAAAGAAAUUAGACCGAGAGGAAGCAUCUCUACAAAGAGGUUUUGUUGUUUUGUGUAUUACAGCUCAUGAGUUGAUCGAUAAUACAACUCAGCCAGAAACGAUUGGACAGGACCCUCAAACAACAGCUAAAGCUAAUGUGACUAUCAAUAUACAAGAUGACAAUGAUAAUGCUCCAACAUUUGACAGAAAUUUUUACGAAGUCAGUAUUCUAGAAAAUAUCCCCAAUGGAUCUGGAUUACCCAAAUUAAUCAUGACAGUAACAGAUAGGGAUCAGGGCACAGCCAGUUUUUAUGAUUUUAAGUUGUUAAACCAUACUGACAUAUUUGCUAUUUUCCCUGAUGAAGGUAAAGGUACAGCAACAGCCAGUAUCAAAGUUAUAGAUACAAAUAAAAUAGAUUAUGAUAAAGGCCCUAGAGUUUAUCGACUACUGGUACAAGCUGUAGAAUCAAGAACUUCUAACAGAUUAAUUGGAACCAGUACUGUAAUAGUUAAUAUUUUGGAUGUCAAUGAUAACGUCCCAAUCUUUAACCCACCAGAUUAUUAUGAAUCUAUAUUGGAAAAUGCUCAAGGUGGAUCUCCAGUUGUUACAGUUACAGCAACUGAUGCUGAUUAUAAAAACAACUCUGGUAGUGUUCCAGAUAUCUAUUUUAGUCUGGUUGGAAAUGGAGCUGACAAAUUUACAAUUGGGGAAACAUCAGGCGUGAUUACAGUUAGUCAGUGUGACACUCCAGGUGAAGGCAAGUGUAUAGAUUAUGAACAACGUAAAGAGUAUCAGUUAACUGUCAUGGCACGUGAUCAGAAAGGACAAGGACGGGCCAAUACUGGUAAACUUACUGUUCAAAUACAAGAUGUAAAUGAUAACCCACCAGUAUUUAUUACUACGCAGUAUACUGCAUACAUCAAUGAAGGCGAGUCCAAUACCAUUGAUGAACUGAAAAUUGAGUCAACAGAUGUAGAUACAGUUGGUGGGCCGACCAUAUAUUCUCUUGUUGGUGGUCAAAGUGACCUGUGGCAAAUUAAUAGUAAUAAUGUCAUCUCAGCUAUUCGAAAUAUACGUUAUGAGGACUCAUUUAAUGGAUCGUUUGUGUUUGAAGCAAAAGCUGUAAAUACUGCUCCAGUGAACUCAUUUCCAAGAACAAUUACAGUUACUAUAAAUGUUUUUGAUCGUAAUAACUAUUCACCUGUCUUUGAUCCUAAGAAUUAUACAGAAACUAUUGAUGAAGAUAUUCCACCAAAUACUCGUGUAUUCACAAUAACAGCUACAGAUAAUGACUCUCCAACUUCUGAUAAUGGAAAAAUAGAAUAUGUCAUAGAGACAGGUCAUCAAGGAAAAUUUUCUAUUGACCGUAAUAGUGGUGCCAUUUCUACUACUAAUGAUGCAACCUUUGAUUAUGAAAAACAGAGAGUAUAUAAACUUAUUGUUGUUGGUCGUGAUGGAGGUAACCCCCAGAAAAGUGGAACAGCAACAGUCAAUAUAUUAAUAAGAGAUAAAAAUAACCGGUUACCAUAUUUCUUACCAGUAAUUCAACGUACUUCUGUUCUGGAGAACGUAGCAGCUGGUGUAGAAAUCUACAGAGUGUCAGCUUAUGAUCCUGAUCAAGAUAGUGAUUUACGAUAUCGAUUUGAAGGUCCUAAAUCAGCCAUUACACCAUCUGGUACUUUAGUGAAUGUAAAUGAAUAUGACUUCACAAAUCUAUUCCGUAUCGAUGAGAGAAGUGGAGCUAUUUUUACUGAUAGUAAUAGAUUAGACAGAGAUCUAGCCUCUGUUAUUACCUAUCAGAUGAUAGUCGAAGAUGUUGGCAAGGCUGGUUCACAACAGCUUGGUACAGGAACUGUAAUCAUCACUAUACUAGAAGUUAAUGAUGAACCUCCAGAAUUUGAGAAGAACAUUUAUAACAUUACUAUAGAUGAAGAAUUACCAAUCGGAACCUUUAUUAUGACGUUAAUCGCUAAAGAUAAAGAUGACAUCAUAUCAGCUUAUAGACUGACCUCGAACCCUCAGAAUUUCUUUUCUUUAGCUCAACAAACAGGUGUGGUGAGUAUUAAUAAUCGUAUUGAUUAUGAGAAGAUACAGUUUACACAGUUUACAGUGGAGGCUACAGAUGAUGGAUCUCCUUCAUUAACUGGUACAGCUACUGUCUAUGUUACUAUCAGAAACAUAAAUGAUAACAGCCCCAAAUUUUUAGAGGAUCCUUAUUCUGUAAGUAUUGUGGAAAGAAGAGGGCCCAGUGAUACAUUAAUGACAGUUGAAGCCACUGAUAUUGAUUUUGGAGAUUUUGGUGAGGUUGAAUAUCGACUCAGUGACACUGAAACAAGAUUCUCAAUUGAUAAGAUCACUGGUGAAAUCAAGUUAUUAGCUGGACAAGAAUUAGACCGUGAAGCAGAAUCCAUCGUAUCAAUACAAGUUACAGCUUAUGAUUCCCCGAAUACGCCUAAAGCAAGACGAGAAUACACUAUUCCUGUGUACUUUGUGUUAGAAGAUGCAAAUGACAAUAAUCCUAAAUUUCAAAGGAGAGAUUAUUUUACAACCAUAAUAGAAACCACCCCUAUAGGUUCAGCCAUUUUACCUUUACUGGCCUCUGAUAGAGAUUUGGGCAUUAACAGCGUCUUGGCCUAUUUCAAAACAGAAAGUACUUUAGACCCUGAAGAUCUAUUUAAUGUUGGUAGUCAAUCUGGUCAAGUUGAAGUCAAGAAAAGUUUACUGGGUAAAGCUGGUAUUUAUAAGUUUGAGGUGACAGUACGAGAUCUUAAUGGAGAUCUAUCUGGAUUAAGUGAUAUAUCAACUGUUACUAUUGAAGUUUUAGAAGCUACCAAUUCACCACCCAAAUGGAUUUUACCACCAAGUGAAAAUAGAUCUAUUGAUGUUCUGGAGAGUCAAUAUCUAGGAAUGUUAGUAUAUGAUUGUCAUGCUAUAGAUGAUGAUAAGGGUCAGAGUGGAAUUGUAGAUUUUGGUUUUAUACAUGAUGGUAAAUUUACCAAUCAAACUGCUGAGUUCCAUAUUAAUUCUGUAACUGGAGUUAUUCGAGCAGAAAUUGUUUAUGAUAGGGAACAGGUUGAUUCUUAUCUGUUACAACUAGUAGCUCGAGAUCGUGGUGAUCCUCCUCUUCAAUCCACAAGAUUUUUAACAGUUAAAAUAUUGGAUGUUAAUGACAAUGUUCCUAUGUUUCCAAUGUCGAAUGGAGUAGUAUUGCCUUAUAAAUUCAGUCUAUCUGAAGGAUUAGUAACUAAAGGAACUAGCAUCGGUGUUGUCAAGGCAACAGAUUUAGAUUUAGAUGAAUACUCUAAAAUAUAUUAUACCAUUGUUGCUGGUAAUGAGAAGAAUUGGUUUAAUUUGGAUAGUAACACUGGUAAUUUGACCUUAAAUGAACCAAUAGAUCGUGAUAUUCUAGAAGAUGAUGUAUUAAAACUCUUUAUUCAUGCUACUAAUAAUGUCAGUGAUUAUAGUGUAAUCCGUAAUAAAAGACAGGUUGAUCCAAGCUACGUUGAAGUCCAGAUUAAAGUUAUUGAUGAUAAUGAUCAGACACCGACCUUUAUCUAUCCUACUGGUACUGAUCAAUACCAUGGCUGUAUUUCCAUUAACGCUCCAUAUGGACAGAGUGUUAUCCAAAUACAAGCCAACGAUAUGGAUUCAACUGGUCCUGCUGGAUUAGUCUACUCUAUUCAGGAAGAAUCCAACCUGAAUAAGAUGUUUGCUGUUAAUCUGAGAACUGGAAUGAUUUCAAAUCGUGACUUUCUGAACAACUAUGACACCAGAAUUUAUAAACUUAUUGUUAUUGUCUCUGAUGGUAAAAAUUCUCAACAGACAGAAGUAAAGAUUUUUGUAACAUCUCCCAGUAAUGAACAGAAAAUAGUCAUCAGUCAAAAACCGUCUGAAGUUCGCUUGAUGACUCCACAAUUAAUAAGAACCCUAUCUGGGGUAGAUGAUAUACAGUAUGUGUGUGUAAUGAAAGUUACAGAACAUAUUUUAGCAGAUGGCACAUUAUCAGAAUCUCAAACUGAUGUAUAUGUUACUGGUAUUGUACCAGGAGGAUCAGCUGAUUCCUACUCUAUUCUACCACAAGAUAAUCUAAAGAAUAAAUUACAAACAGCUCAAACUAGUAAGAAGAAAGAUGAGUUUGAAGCCUUGUAUAUUGAUAGACUUGGAGACUCUUCAUCAUCUAUCCUGACAGUAGAGAGAACACCAGUAUUAGUUGUAUUAAUAAUAGUUAUUCUACUCAUCAUUCUAGCUCUAAUACUAUUCUGUCUCGCUUGUUUCUGUAUCAGAGAUGCUAAAAGAAAGAAGAUAAAGAAAUAUAAUGCUGAACAUGGACGAGUUGUAACAGUUGCUCAACAGCCAGUAGAGCCUACUAAAACAGUAAAUCCUGUGUAUAACAAUGCUGCCUUUGUUCCUGAUACAAGAGAGCGAGCACCAGAACCAAUUCCUCAUGCAGAAAUAAUUGAUGAGGAUCCAGCAGUCUUCCAUGCUGCACCUCUAUCAGAACCAGAACCCAGCAAUGAUUAUUCAGUUGUUCAGAAACCAGAUCCAGAGGAUAUCGAUGAACCUGUUAUAGUUACCACAUUUGAACCAGAAGACAAUUCAGAACCUGAAGAUAUUCCACCUCGUGAAGACUCCCCUGAACCUGUUAUUGAAACAGAAAUAGAGGACCACCCACCUAUCAAUCAUUCUCCUCCACCUCCAAUCCUAGAAGAGGAGAUUGAAACAGAGAUAAUUGAUGAUCCACGUGAACCAAGCCCACCACCUUUUAUGAGGGAGAAUGAAUCCCCUAGAACUGCUCUUUAAAUUUCCAAAACCUACAUUGGACUCUUUUUAUGGUUCUGUUUUUUAAAAUAUCUUCUGAUUUUCUUUUUUAAGUUUAAAAAAAUUUUAAUAUUGGAUCUUUACAGAGGCUAGGUAAAAUACUUAAUAAUUUCAACUCAUGGGAAAGCAUGUAAACAUGUGUCCUAUUGUAUGCUCAUGUUUCAUAUUUCUUCAUGCAUCUUUGAGAACUAAUCUCAAAUUAAUAUUUUUAUUUGCUUAAUAUUGUUCUAAAGAAACCCAAGAAAGGUUGAUAAUAUCAAGAGAUGUAUAUUGUUUAUGAUUUAUGUAUAUUGUUUAUUAUUUCAAUAGUUUUAUUGUGUUAUUUGUCCCACUAUAGCCCAGAAUUAAUUCAUAUCAUAUUUAGUAAAUUUUAUUUUAUAUUAGAAAUGAUCUUGUCUCAUUGUAUCAUUGAUCAAAUAUUUGUCAAAUUUCUAUAUAUGAUUAGGUAUAACAUGCUCUCUCCAAAACAUGAUUAUUGAUGAGAGGUUUUGUUAACUUAACAUGACCUUCAUGGUCAGCUAAAAAACUACAACUGAGAGCAGAUCUUGACAUAAAAAAUGAAGUUGAAAAUAUACCUCCUGUUUUCAAAUAAAAUUUUAACCUUCUUUUUCAUUAAGUGUAAAAAAAAACAAUCUUAACGUACUCUGUUAGUUUGACCUGUUUGUAGAUUAAAGAUAAGGGUAUCGUGUAUGUAUUAAUGUAUAUAGAAAUUGGGAUCAAAUUGUAUCAUAGAAAAUAUAUUUUUAUAUUUUAUAAUCAAAUUGUAUAUUACAGUAACGAUACUAAAAUCAUUUUUCUAAUAAAAUUUAUAUCAAAAU